AUGGCCGCCGGGUCGACAACGCACAAGCCGAGGGCCAAGAGCUUGUGGCUGCUGGUGCGCCGGAUGCUCUGCCGCGGCAGCAAGCCGCACAGAACAACUUCCGGUGCGGCCGCCGGAGACGGAGGAGACGACGGCGGAGAGAAGAGCAGCCUCCUCGGCAGAAGCGGCUCCCUGGAGGAACUCCUGGGGUCGGACGGCGCCGGGAUCCAUGCCAGCGUGAAGAAAGAUGUGCAGCACGUCCUGCUGCCUGACCACCGGCAACGGCAGCCGGCGGACGUGGCUCGCCCGGAGGCCACGCUGGCCGUGUCGUCGUCGGCGCGUGCUGGCGGCGCGGCCAUGCAGCAGUACCGGCGGUUUGUCUUCGGCGGGUUCCGGCGGCGGCUCAUGAUGCGGCGGCAGUGGCGGCCGAUGCUCGUCGCCAUCCCGGAGUGA